UAGAAAAUGUUAAAGGCAUAUGAAACUGAUCGAACGGAUGAAUGGGAUAGGACGGGAGGUUCGUCAGGAUAGUUUGGAUUUAUCGCUCGAAACUUAUCAUAGUGAAGUUUAUAGAGGUGUUUCUUUUUUCACCUUAACGAACUCCGGGCGAAUCGUUUGCUGUCCCCCCACUCACGUAACCAAAACAAAUCAGUCCCACAGAUCAAUGAUAAUGAAUAAAACGCUAGUCGGUCGAUCAACCGUGGCUAGCAAAAUCAAACCCUCGAACCAGUGUCUCUUAAACCGUGCUUGCGUUAGUCCAAAGCUUCACUUCGUCAGAAACAGGUUAGACGUCUUUUUCGCAUCUCAGCAAACCCGGCAAACCAGGACCAGGAUGCCCAGCGUAAGCCGCUGCACACCGCCGAAUCACACCAUUGCUUACUGCCUGACGUUUGUAAUGACGUAUGUUUUACUGGUUAAAGCUCGCCCUGCAACCGAGCGGGAUAACAAUUUGGAGCAUUUUGAGAUCACCAGCGAUCAAAACGAUCAAUCAUUCUCCUACAAAACAACGGAUAAUCAGUGGCGUGAUGAAACGGUAGAAAUCAAUCCCAAAACGGGAACGCUGGUAAUAUCUGGCUGGUACAGAUAUACCGGCCCCGAUGGUGUCAUCUAUCAGGUCAAGUACGUGGCGGACGAGAACGGUUACCGGCCACUCGGCGCUCAUCUUCCCGGUGCCGAUUUGUCCGAUCCGAAUGCCUUCAGCGUCUUCACACCGCUGGUCGAUACUGGCAUUUCGCGAACGGUGCUAUUAUCGUUGGUUGGAUGAUAUACGUUAUUGUGAUAGCCAACAAAC